AUGGGAGGGCCUCCGCCUUGCCUGGCAGAGGACACCACGCAGUGUGAGCGGGAGGAGAGCUUGGCCGAGCGGAUGCUCCUCCCCGGCCCUGCUGUGGUGUCUGUGCAGCUGAAAUUCGGAUUGGGACAAGAGAAGAGGGCUCUGCGUCUGCCAGGAGAGCAAACACCAGCUUCUCACAAGUAUGCCUCGGGCCAGGGUGGCUGGAUCCCACAUGCCCACUGCACCGCCAAGUCCCGGGCUCAGCGGCUCGAGGAACACAAGUUUGGGUAUGAAUUAGUCUUUGAGUUCGACGAGACAGGGGUCGGGCCCGAGGAGGCGCUGGAGGCGUCGGCUGCGGUGACCGGCACCGCCUGGCUGGAGGCCGACAGCCCAGGCCUGGGCGGAGGGACUGCAGAUGCAGGCAGCGGUGACGCCCAGGCCCUGCCUGCUACGCUCCAGGCUCCCAUCGAGGCCACUGGGCAAGCAUCAGUGCCCCCCACCACCCCUGAGGCCUCAGAGGCCACCGGCCCGCCCUCCCCAACCCCUGGUGACAAGCCGGGCUCAGGCCCUGAACUCCCAAAGGAGAGUCCCCUGGACAUUUGGCUGAACCUGGGGGGCAGCACCCCCGACCCUCAAGGGCCAGAGCCAACUGACCCUUUUCAGGGCACUCUGGAGCCCCGACCCGCGUCCGAUAUAAUCGAUAUUGACUACUUCGAAGGAUUGGAUGGUGAGGGUCGUGGUGCAGACCUGGGCAGCUUCCCGGGGUCACCAGGAGCCUCGCAGAGCCACCCUGACCAUGGGGGAGAGACCCCUUCCUGGAGCCUGCUGGACUUGUACGAUGACUUCACCCCCUUCGACGAGUCUGAUUUCUACCCCACCACGUCCUUCUACGACGACUUGGAGGAAGAAGAAGAGGAAGAGGACGACAAGGACGCACUGGGGGGCCGAGACCUAGAAGAUGAAAACGACCUUCUGGUGCCCACGGAGAAGGCGGGGCCGGGGCCAGGUGGCCGGCCCACCAGCCGGUGGCACGCCGUCCCUCCACAGCACACUCUGGGCAUGGUCCCUGGCAGCAGCAUUGCCCUCAGGCCCCGCCCCGGGGAGCCAGGCAAGGACCUGGCCUCCAGUGAAAAUGGCACCGAGUGCCGGAGUGGCUUUGUGCGCCAGAACGGCUCCUGCCGGUCAGUGUGUGACCUCUUCCCGAGUUACUGCCACAACGGCGGCCAGUGCUACCUGGUGGAGAACAUAGGGGCCUUCUGCAGGUGCAACACGCAGGACUACAUCUGGCACAAGGGCAUGCGCUGUGAGUCCGUCAUCACGGACUUCCAGGUGAUGUGCGUGGCCGUGGGCGCGGCCGCCCUUGUACUGCUGCUGCUGUUCAUGAUGACCGUGUUCUUCGCCAAGAGGCUCUACCUGCUCAAGACAGAGAACACCAAGCUGCGGAGGACCAGCAAAUUCCGGACCCCGUCAGAGCUCCACAAUGACAACUUCUCCCUCUCCACCAUCGCCGAGGGCUCCCACCCAAACGAUGAUCCUGGUGCUUCCCACAAAAUCCAGGAAGCCCUCAAGUCCUGCCUGAAAGAAGAGGAGUCAUUUAACAUCCAGAACUCCAUGUCGCCCAAACUUGAGGGUGGCAAAGGUGACCAGGCCGACCUGGAGUGAGUGCACGGGUCCUAUAGCAAAAUUUUUAAAAAGAAGAAUAAAAGAAAAUAGCCCAAUUCCAAUUGAGAAAGGGGACAAAACAGACCCGGAGAUAGCCCGGCGGGUGGAGCCAUCA